CUCUUAAUUAAAGGUUACACUAAACAGGAAUGGACUUAACCUAACCUAACAUAGAAUGCAAGCAAUAAUAACCCACAUAGCCAAACACCAACCUUAUCACCUAUACAAAGUACAAACAAAACAACACUACACCUCUCUCUCUCUCUAUCUCUCUGUGUGUAAACUUCGAUUGAAUAAAAAUGGCAAUCGGGAAGAAGAAGUUAAUGUCAUCGGCGCCAUGGAGGGGCGAAGAGGAAGCCGCCGAAGAGUUCCAAGGCGCAAAGCUCAAGGUCACAAAGCAGCAGCCUGGAGCUGACUCAGUGAUGCACGUGCCUUGCAAGAAGAAAGACAAGUCCAAACGCCAGGACCAUGACAAUUACGAUGAUGAUUCCCUCGUCGAGAUUGACCCCCAGCUUCGCUACAGCUUUCAACGUAACUACCAGUUUCUUCAACGAGUAUUUAGCAUUGACACCAUUGUGAAACCUCUUUCGCCUGCCAUGGCCUACAAUGUUUCCCGCAACUUGAACUUCUUCACACACAAUUCUUUUAACCAGAAGGUAUAGCAAAUGCCCAAAAAUCUUUAGGGAUAGGACAGGAAGAGAAGGCUUGUUGUAUUCAUUGAAAAAGAGAGAGAAAAAAGGAAAACGAAGGAGGGUUGGGGGAGAGGGCGGGGGUGGUUGGAUUUAGAAGGCAGUUGAAGACUUAUUGCUGAUUUUAGAUGUAACUGUUUAAAAUUAUUUUUAAUAUCUAAAGAUUUCUUUUUUGGGGAAUUUAUAAUAUCUGAAGAUUGAAAAUGUAAUCUAAAAAUUCAGUGGGAACCCUUUCAUAAAAAUUUUGACUUUGCAAAUGGACUUGCAUCAUGAGCUAUAUGAGAGUUU